GGUUAACCAGAGCUUCAGUCUAAGAUGUAACGUAGAGGGCUACCAUGUUGUUGUUUUCUCCAAAGGGUGAACAGGAAUGAGGCUGCUGGAACAGACACGAGGUGUUAGACAUUAGUCUGGCUGGAACUCAGGAGGUUUCGGUUAACUAGCAGCUAAGCUAAGGUUAUAAAGCAGGUCAGUAGUAGAAGCUUUUUUCCUUUUUAAGUUUUAGUGUAACUUUGUUUUCUGUAUAGGGUUUGAGCUGCCUAAAGGGGUUCCUCCUCCUUAAGGAUUCCUCUAGUUUCAAAGGUCAUAUUUUUGGGUCAUGUCUCCAAACAGAACCACUGACCUCCUCUGACUAAAAGCUGAGAUCAGCCUGGAGAGGAAUGUAGGUUGUCAACAGAGCUAUUUUGGCAAUGUACAGCCGCUAAUGAUUGUGAUCACAGAGCGGAGCUGGGAGCAGUUGCUUUGCUUUCCUUUUUUCCUCGCAGCAAGUUUGAUCAUGCAGUUCUCACCCAUGCUGCAGGGAUUAGAGAGUUAAACGAAUGGCACGUCGGCUGCGCUUGCAUUUUGCAUCAAGGAGAAGCAACACGGACCCUCUGUCAGAAAGCCUCAGCAGCCAUGGUGAGCAGAGCAGAGUCGGUGUGUCAGCCCGUAGCCCCGCAGAGAGUCUGGCGCACAGUUCUGUACACUUGAAGGUGACUCAUUUGUCACCAAACUAUGCUAAUUUACAGCAGUACUCUUCAGUAUUCGUACCCAAGGUUAACACCGGAGGAUUUAAUAAAAAGAGCAUUCUGCAGAUCUCGCUGCAGCCCUAUGGAAAGCUCAGUGGAGAGCUUAAUGGCAAUAUAAAGGAUGGAGACCCGGGGGCCAGUGAAGGAGGAGCAGGCAGUGGCUCUGACGGAAGCUCGUGCAGCAGCAUGGCCAGCGAUGCCGGGUACUGCAGCAGCAACAGUAUAUUUGAGCCAGAGGCUUUAGAAAAGCACAGGACCACCCAGGAGAGGGGUCUACUCAACCGCAAGUCCAAAGUCCCGCUGAGACGGUGCUCCUCCUUGGUCAUAUUUCCAAAGAGCCCCUGCAGCACCCCACCGGCUUCCCCAGUCAGUCCAGUGGCUCUACCUGUUCUCCCACCAGCCAGGGGGUCUUAUCAGUCAUCUCUUCAGACAUCUGCCAGUGAAUUCUUACAAGAUAAAGAAUUGAAUUGCAAAGAGUCCACCACCACGGCAGCAAGGGGCCGACGUCUUCCAAAAGGAAGCUCUUCAUCAGAGUUGAAGGACACCAAACACAUAGUGCAAUGUAAUAUUCCUAGACAGGAUGAACCAAAAGUAAAAAUGGAGGACAUGAGUAAAAUAAGGGAACUUUCCUCAACUGUAGACAGACUGAAUCGUCACUCUAGCAGCGUGCUGCUGCACUUUGCCCACCAGAGACCAAUGAUGUCUGCGAAGGGAGCUACAACCACCGCUACAUUCAAUAUGGAAUAUCCUGAGGAUCCUAACCCAGCCACACAUCUUGAGGGUGAACCCCACCCUCACAAAAAACUGUAUCGUAGUACUUCUGCUUGUUUGUUCUCCUCAACUAAACUGUCAGAAAAAGCCCACAAGGUCUGUUCAUUAGAAAAAGGACAGGAAAGGCCUGAUGAAAACCAUUGUUAUCGUGCCAUACAAAGGAGCUUUUCCCUGGAGGUGCCCUACGCUAACACUGGAAUUUCAUGUCACGUUUCAAAUCCAAAACUCAGUAGCCCUCUCUCUCCACAUGUGCACAUUCAUUUGUCUCCUUGCUGCCCAGCUAAGUUGCCGAGCUUUAUUAGUGAUGUAAACACAAGCCACAAAGGAAAUAACACACCACAGAGCCCAGUUCAAAACACCAAGACACGUGAUGACUUUCUGGGACAGGUGGAUAUCCCCUUAAAUCAGAUACCGACAGAAAAUCCUAAUACAGAAAGGCCAUACACAUUCAAGGAUUUUCUGCUCCACCCACGAAGCCACAAGUCCAGAGUCAAAGGUCACCUGCGUCUCAAAAUGACCUACCAGCCAAAAAACCCUGAUUCAGAGGAGGAAACAACAGAACAGACUGAGGACAUGGAUCCUGGUUGGGAGUUUCUGGAGGCUCAGGACAUGUCAGGUCCCAGACAAAACCAGCUGCUGCCCGCUCUGCCCUCUGGUUGGGAGGAGCGGCAGGACAACCUGGGAAGAACCUACUUUGUCAAUCAUGAGAGCAGAACCACACAGUGGAAACGACCCACAAUUCAGAACGUUGAUGUGGAGAUGCAAAGAAGACAGAACAAUAACAUAGAUGCGGAGCAUGCUAUUAUUACACGCAGACAGAUCUCGGACCAUGAUGAGAACACCGCACAAGAGUCUCCUGAGAGCUGGGAGAUCAUUACAGAGGAUAUGUCCACCUUGUACCACAGCAAUAACCACCUCACAUCAAGUCCACCCCACGGGCCCGCAGAGUUCCACCCGUCCCGUGCUGAGCUGAGAAACACUCAUAUUUCUCGGGCCACAGCUGGCGAGCUGCGCACUUACCAGACGGAUCAUACCAAUAAUUCAAGCCAUUCCAGUCUCAGAGGAAAUGCCCAGACUUCAACAGGAGAGGAACAUCCUGUUAAUCCUGUGCUAAUUCCAACCUCAACUGGGCUGCCUCCAGGCUGGGAGGAGAAGCGAGACAGUAAAGGGAGACGCUACUUUGUCAACCACAUCAGCCAAACCACUUCAUGGACACGACCUCUCAUUCAGAAAACCUCAGAUGCACCAGUAGCACUAGCAGCAGCUGCAGCGGCAGCAACACAGAGUGGGGCAGGUGUAGCCCAGAGCCUGACUCCACCCUUGCCAUCCAUGUCCCCAGAGGAAUCUCCUCAGCACACCCCAAGCCCUGACGCCACACAUAAAUCUGGCUUCCUGCCAGCUGGUUGGGAGGUUCGCAGUGCUCCCAAUGGAAGACCGUUUUUCAUCGACCACAACACUAAGACAACUACCUGGGUGAGAAAGCAGCAGGCUUCAGAUGUGCUUUUUCCUCUGAUCGAAGAUCCCAGGCUAAAGAUCCCUGUGAACACGAGAAAGAGACCCCCACUUGACCCAUCUGAUCUUGGCCCUCUGCCGCCUGGCUGGGAGGAGAGGGUCCACAGUGAUGGCAGGAUAUUCUACAUAGAUCACAAUACCAGGACCACACAAUGGGAUGAUCCCAGAUUACAGAACUCAGCUAUAACUGGACCAGCAGUGCCUUAUUCCAGAGAUUAUAAACAGAAGUAUGACUACUUCCGGAAGAAAAUGAAGAAACCGGCUGACAUCCCAAACCGCUUUGAGCUGAAACUGAAACGUAAUGCGGUGCUGGAGGACUCGUACCGGCGCAUCCUCUCAGUGAAGAGGGCGGACCUGCUGAAGGCAAGACUGUGGGUGGAAUUUGAGGGAGAAAAAGGACUGGACUAUGGUGGCGUGGCCAGGGAAUGGUUCUUCCUCAUGUCCAAGGAGAUGUUCAACCCGUACUAUGGACUGUUUGAGUAUUCUGCCACGGACAACUACACACUGCAGAUUAACCCCAACUCAGGUUUAUGUAAUGAGGACCACCUGUCCUACUUCAAGUUCAUCGGCCGUGUGGCAGGCAUGGCCGUAUAUCACGGCAAACUGCUCGAUGCAUUCUUCAUUCGGCCUUUCUACAAGAUGAUGCUGCAGAAGCCCAUCACUCUCCAGGACAUGGAGUCUGUUGACAGUGAAUAUUUCAACUCCUUGAAGUGGAUUUUGGAGAACGACCCAAAAGACUUGGACUUAAGGUUCACCAUCGAUGAAGAGCUGUUUGGACAGACUCGCCAGCAUGAAUUGAAGCUGGGUGGCGCAGAGAUUGUCAUCACUAAUGAAAACAAGAAGGAAUACAUCCAUCUGGUGAUGCAGUGGAGGUUUGUGAACAGGAUACAGAAACAGAUGUCUGCCUUCAAAGAGGGAUUCUUUGAGUUGAUACCUCAAGAUCUGAUCAAGAUCUUUGAUGAGAAUGAGCUCGAGCUGCUCAUGUGUGGUCUUGGCGAUGUGGAUGUGAAUGACUGGAGAGAGAACACCAAGUACAAGAACAGCUAUUGCUCCAACCACGUUGUUAUCCAGUGGUUCUGGAAAACGGUUCUGUUGAUGGAUGCAGAAAAGCGAAUCAGACUCUUACAGUUUGUGACAGGAACAUCAAGGGUCCCGAUGAAUGGCUUUGCUGAACUCUAUGGGUCUAACGGACCACAGCUGUUCACUAUUGAGCAGUGGGGAACAAGUGAUAAACUCCCCCGAGCCCACACAUGCUUCAAUCGACUGGACCUGCCUCCUUAUGAGUCUUUUGAAGAGCUGAGGGAAAAACUUCACAUCGCCAUUGAGAAUGCACAAGGCUUCGACGGGGUGGAUUAGAGCUUGUGCCUGGAAUUGAACUUAACUGACAUUGCUGCAUGAUGUGGUGAAGAUGAUGGGACAAACAAGCUGUGUGUCAGAUUCAGGUCUUAACCUGUCAGCUGUGUGACAGAUGAAGGACCGUCGCACAUCUUCACUUUGGUCCUUUGUUGAGGCACAUGUGGAGAAAGGACAUUACAUCUGGAGAGGUAUUUAAUCGCUCUACAUGUUCUAAAGUUUACAAAGCAAACAUACAAAGCUGUAUACUGCAUAACGAAAACAUCUAACCUUAAACAGUAGUUUCAUUAGGGCUCAAUUGCCUCAGAAAAACUUUAUACUGAGAUUCUCUCAUCAGGUACUUGUGAGGUUUAACUUCACAUUGUAGUUGGUGAAAAAUUACUUUACUUGUGUUAACUUAACUUGUCCCUUCACCACUUAUUAGUACUAGAAAGAAUGGGCUGUGGGUCAGAAUAGUCAAUAACUUAUGUUUUACAUAAGGAUAACAUCAACUCUUGAUAUUUGAAU